AUGGCAGGGAUGAAUUCACUGCGAGCGACCUUAGCAAGGCCAACUUCUAGACUGUCGCACCUUGUACCAAACCCAACUUUCCGCAAGCCUCUUAUCAAGCCUUUCUCGACGUCACAUUAUCACGCCAUGUUGACCACCGAGUUAUCUGAAGCCGACGUAUCAGCACUGCGGGUUAACAAAGAGCGAUUGGCUAAAGACCUUCACCACUCGUGUCAAUGGGGAUAUGGUAUUCGAUGGGGGGAUGGAUCGACGGAUACUGGUAUGCAGCGUCUUGCUCUAUCCGAGGAAGACAAGAGCGUUCGAGAUUGGUUCAUUCAAACCAUGAAAGAUCUGAAAUGUCAGAUCACCGUCGACGAGAUGGGCAAUAUUUUCGCCGUGCGUCCUGGCAAGCGGACAGAUGUUCCGGCCACUUUCAUCGGAAGUCACCUCGACACUCAACCCACAGGAGGUCGCUAUGAUGGAAUUCUGGGUGUCUUGUCCGGCGUUGAGGCUCUCAAGCGAAUGGAUGAAAUGGGUCUUGAAACAGAGGGAGGUGUUGGGGUUGUCAACUGGACUAAGUAA